AUGGCAGACGCGUCAUCAACCAACCAGUCUAUCGUCCAGACACUUAACGAUGCGCAACGCCGUGCCGUGAGCUCCGGUGCAACUACGGUUGCGAUUCUUGCAGGCCCAGGGAGCGGCAAAACGCAUACAUUAGCCUCUCGGGUCGUCUGGCAGGUCGAUGUUGUUGGCUAUCGACCUCAGGAUGUUGUGGUGGCUACCUUCACCGUCAAGGCCGCACGCGAGAUGGGUGAGCGCAUCUGUAAGGUUUUGGGACCAGAAAGGGGACAUAAGGUUGUGCUUGGGACUUUUCACAGCAUAGCGAGGCGCUACCUCGCGGCGUACGGCAAAAAAAUCGGACUGGACCAGAAGUUCGGCAUUGCAGACGAUUCCGACUCUCGAGCAAUCAUCACCCGUAUAUGUAAAAGACACCAGCUUGGAAUUGACCCCGCCAUGGCCAGAGGAUGGAUCAGCAAGAAAAAGAGCAGGGCCAACGAUCGUGUUGUCUUGUCACAGCAAGAGAAAGCAACCAAGCCAGGCAAACAGCAGCCGAUCCAUUCACGAGAGCUGGAAACUUGCUAUGAAGAGUAUCAAGCACAGCUUACAAGAUCAAACUUGCUAGACUACGAUGACCUGCUUGUCAAGGGUGUCGAACUAUUGCGCACGGCACCAGAGUGUGUCUCAAACGUGCAGGCUGUCUUGAUCGAUGAAUAUCAAGACACGAACGGAGUGCAGUAUGACUUAAUGAAGCUGCUCGCACAGCGUCGUGGCCGUAUCACUGUCGUUGGAGACCCCGAUCAAAGUAUCUACGGAUGGCGCUCGGCCGACACUAGGAAUCUUAGCCGUAUGUUUACCGACUUUCCAACUACAGACAAAAUCGCAUUGGAAGAGAACUAUAGAUCUUCAGAAAGUAUUCUCGCAACUUCUCUCAAAAUUAUUCAACAAGAAGAGAAGCGGUUCGACAAGGUGCUAAAAGCCGUGCACACAAGAGGAACCAAACCAGUCCUGCGGAAGCUGAGAAAUUCGGCACAGGAGGCUGAAUGGAUCGUCGCCGAGCUUCGCAGGACCAUCCUUCUCUCUGGAGAGAUGAUGACCCACGAUGACGUAGCUGUACUUCUCCGGUCAGCAGCACUCUCUAGGCACAUCGAGAGCGCUUUGGGCAAGGCAGGGAUUCCUUACCGAAUGGUUGGGGGGUUUAAAUUCUACGAACGCGCAGAAAUAAAAAUCAUCCUCGACUACCUGCGCGUUAUCUAUCAACCGGACAACAAUGAUGCCCUGGCCAGAAUCAUCAACGUUCCAAAACGAGGAGCUGGUGACGCAACCAUCAAAGCCCUUCUUGAGGAAGCUGAGAAGUCCCAACAGAGUUUAUGGUCUCUGCUCCGAAAGCAUUGUACCGGAGGCAAGCAAGCAAAGACAACACUUCGGAAGCAAGUUGAGCAAAAGAUCUCGGGUGGUCUCAUCAGAUUGAUACUGGAUAUCCGCAAGAAGAUGGAAGAAUCCACACCCGAGAAUCCUUAUAGUAUGCUCGAUGUCAUCAGCCAAGUACUCUCUCGACUAGAUUUUGAGCAGCAUCUAAAAGACACAUACAAUGAUGAAUGGGAAGGCAGGUGGGCGAAUGUACAGGAGUUCAUCAACCUGGCUACAGACUUCAUGACGGGAAAUGAAGCCGAAGAGGAGCUUCCGGAGAUUGAUGGCCUGCAGCAGACCCGCGAGCGCGACACCCUGGCCAGAUUCCUCGCCAACGUGUCACUUGCGACAGAUGUGCAAAACAAUGACCCUGGCCAAAAUCGGCCGAUGGUUACGGUAUCAACUAUUCAUGCGGCCAAAGGCCUGGAGUGGCCGGUUGUGUUCAUACCGGCGGCAUAUAAUGGUAGCAUACCGCAUAUACGAUCCGAGGAUGGUGACGAGGAACGCAGGUUGUUAUAUGUGGCAAUGACACGGGCACAGGCGCUUCUGUACUUGAGUUAUCCGGUUGUCGGUGGCUAUGGUAACGGCGAGAAGGUUACACUAUCCUCUUUUCUCUCGGGUGUGCAAGGGUAUUUUGCAGUACAAGGGCCAACUUUUAACUCUGCCGUCCUGGAGGAGCUGGCUCGCAUUUUACGAAGGAAAGCCCCAUCGCAAAAGGACGUGUUUGGCCGGUUGAAGCCAUUCGAAGUGUCCAUGGAGGACGAUAUUUUCCCUAGCGAUCCUGAGCAGGAUUUGGGUAGGUCCGGGAAUAAGAUGCGUCUGAGCCGGUCAAGUUCAGGAUCGGAAGUAUCACAAGGGCAACCGCCGACAAAAAGGCAAAGAAUCCAUUCAGCGAGCGGAGGGCUGGAGCAACACGAUCGGUCAUGGCAUCAAGAAUAUUCGACAACAAUGCAACAGGCAUCUGGGUUCACAGUGUCAUCGCUUCCUGGGUUUGUCACUGCUGGGGCGCAUCACUCUGCGUUCCCUUCCCCUAAUCCACAGUAUAGCAGAGACUCAAAAACAGGUCAGCCAAAUCGCGGUACUGGCCAGAAGAACUUGUUAGGCUUCGUGACCAAUUCCGGGCAACCAAGAGCGGGAACAGGAUUACAGAAGCAGAUAUCACAAGCGCCUCAAAACCGUGGUGGUGCCCAACAUCCAAGACCUCCACAGUCAGGACGUCAGCAGGGUUGGGGUAAUGACCAGACGGCAGGCAAACCGGCGAUAGCGCCAGAAUUGGCGAACCAUCGCCUGGGGGGUGUGCGCUCAACAACAUUGCCCCGACCGGUACCUGAAGCGAAGCGGGAACAUGGUGACAAUUCGACUAGAAAUCAAUAUGCGCACCUUUCCAGCUCUCCAACAAAAGCUCAGCCGCCAGAGGAAGCCAAAGACCCCACAUCAUCACCUCCCGCACCGACGCGACCUGUUUCCACCUUUCACACCACGACCUGCACUAUGCCACAAGGCCAAGGAGGCUUUAAGAGGCCAGCUGCGUUGACCAGAGAGGGUAUAGCUCCUAUGGACAGGUUACGGAAGCCAUUUAAGCCGCUUACCAUCAACCGUUCAAUGGGAAGAUAG